GAAAAACCGACUGAAGAACAUACAGUGUUUAAUAUUAGGCUUGCAAUGCCCCGACUUCGAGUGUGUGUUAUUGGAGCCGGUGCUGCUGGACUCGCGGCCGCUAGACAUCUCACAAGUGAGCUGGAUGCGUUUGAUGUGCAUGUGUUUGAACAAGCCUCUCGUGUUGGAGGAACAUGGGUGUUCACUGAAAAUACAGGAAUCGACGAACGUGGGAUUCCUGUUCACUCCAGCAUUUACAGAAACCUCAGGUAAUUAAAGAAGAAAUAGAAAGAAGAAACUUGCCACAUUCAUAUUGAACUUAACCUUCAAAAUUAAGCGUGUUUUUUACUAGCGGCGUAAACACAGACGCUAGAAGUAUUGCCAAGGCAAACAUAAACACAAGCAUAAAAUAUAAAUUGUUCAUGAUCACUGAUUUUUGAUUGCGUAACUUGGCUUGGCUACCCGAAGAAUCAAUCAUCUUCGAUGAGAAGAUUUUUGUUACUGUCAGAUUAAUUACAAGGGCCUUCAGAAAAACCUGUGACUUCGAUUGAGAUAUACCAACCUGCUGUUUAUAAACGUUAUUACUUUUUUCUUGAUGAAACUUUGAAGCAAAAAUUAUUAUCAAAGCUUAAUUAAUUACUCCAUUUUUUGUCUCAGUUGCAACCGCUCGGGCCAGAGUCACGCACGCUCCCCGCUCCCACGUGGCGAAUCACGCGGCACGGGGAGCUUGCGUGACUCCAGCGUGAGCGGAUUCGCUUUCUGCCAUGAGGCAGGAACGCGUUCUUUUAAAAGAGAGAGAAGCGCAAACUAGUGAUCUGAUUGGCCAUGUAUCAGUAUGUAUGGCCUUGUGGCUAGGUCCGAUACCUUCUGUCUUGACAGUUUUUUUACUUUUCAAGGCAGUUCAAAGUCAUUUUCCCUUCUGUUAACUUCUUCACGUAUUCAGUACUAAAAAAGUUAGUCUUCUUGGUCUUUUUUCCGUGACCAGCGUAGAUAUGCAAAAGAAUCAAGCUCUUAUAUCGCAUGACUCAAAUGGUAUUUACGGCACGAGCCAAGCACGUGCGGUCCGAAUAAAGCAAUGCAGCUAAAAAGAACGAUAUAUUCCAUUUUGUUGUGCUUCUGGUGCCUUUCGGCUGUCAGUGUUCAUAUACAGCUAACUUUUAAGAGCCAUUCCUGCUAUGCCCAUAUAAAUUUAUUCUACACUUUGCCUACACCUCCCCUCCCUCCCCCCCCCCCCCCCCCCCCCCCCCCCUCCCCCCCCCUCUUUUUUCCCCCCCCCCCCCCUCCCAAAAAAAAAAUUGAAAAAAUUGAUUUUCCCAUUUUUCUCGGGUUUUCUAUCACCCCACUUUUUUUGUCGCCAGGGGGGGGCGGAAAAGAGACAAUAGACAAGUGGGGGGAUUAAACAAAAAAAAAACCAUGUCCACAUAUCUUUCUCCCCCCCUCUCCCCACCCCCCCCCCCCCCCCCCCCCUCCCCCCAUCCCCCCCCCCCUCCCUCCCUCUCUUUAUCCCCGCCCCCAGCUUCCAAAAAGAAAAAUUGCAUAACUGUGCUUUCCAAUUUUACCUAGGUAUUCGAUCACCCCACUUUUUUUGGCCGCAGCGGGGUGGCGACAAGUGGCAAUGCGAAAGUGGGGAGUCUUAAAAAAAAAAAACUUUAAAAUAGGACUGAGUGUGGUUACACAAACGUGACUAGACCGUGAGAAAUUUUGCAUUCAUGUCAGCCCUUCUGAUCCGGGAUCCAGCCGGGUGGUGAUAAUUUAUCAGGAAAGAACGUUCAUAUGAAGCUCACACUGUCCUUUUAAUAAUGCUCUAAUGUUGCUAUAAUCAUGGCCAACUUUAAGAAUUUUUCCAGCUGUCCAAAAAGGGCUUAACUUGAUUUACAUGCCAGAGGGUUUAGUGGAAAAGCGGAUAUAAACAAAAACCUAUUUCGACUUUCGAAUUUGUUUACAUUCUCUUUUUACGUUGUCGUUUUUGGAUGUUACCAAAGCGAAUCAUUGAACUCUGUACACGCUCAGUAACUCAGAUUGUGUUAAAACUGGUAUAUUAACACAAACCGCGAAGUUUGCUGCUGUGGUUCUCCUACUUACGAACAACAAUCGACUUGCUUUUACUUAUAGCAGGGAACAAAUAUUCAAGACAGGUUGACGCGCAACCGUAACAGCCUCUAAAUCCCACUUUUCAAAACAGCUUCUGGGCAACGAUCUUUCGCCUAUAGGGGGCCCCUAUAGGGCAGUGAAGAUUUGGAAUGGCUUGGAUGACUCAUUCAGAUUACAACCCUCAAUUUCUGAUUUAACCCUUUAAGCCCUAAGAGUGAUCAGCAUCAAAUUUCUCCUUGUAAUAUCAAUGCUUUGUAAAUCAGAGUGGUCAUGAGAUUUACGGACAUGAUCACACAAGAUGAAUUUGCUUGAUAUUUUAUCAACUUCUCCCCACUACUUCUGUAGGAAAUGAAUAGGGGCAACCAAAGAGAAUUCAAAUUUUGAUCUUGGGGUUUAAAGGGUUAAAGAGGGCAAUGAAGACCUCCUAUUGUCUUUGAUCUUCGAUUCAUAGAAUUUCAUUGAUUUUAUUGGAUUUAACCAUUACUUUUCCUUUUUAUAAGGUCUAAUUAUUUAUUAUCCAUCUGUAAAUAGUUACAGUUAAAAUUUGGGCGGGCAAACAAGGUGUAUUAUGGGAGAUGUGCAAAUGGCGAAUGACCGGACUUUUUGGAUUCUUUGUUGCCCUGGUAAUAGGCAUAACAUAAAGUGCAGUUGUACCCCUGACUUUAAAAGCACGUGGGCGCGCAACUUUAAAUUCCACAAGGAAUGAGCUCUCUGCAUUCUGCAGUCACGUGCCACUUCAAAAAGACUAUAGUUUUACUUUAGCAGUUGUAUUUGAAGGCGUAUUUCUAGCAGACUUUGGGUAGAAAAUUAUACGUUGAGAAAAAGUUUGUGUUCUAAUUCUGAGGCAGCUAAUGAACUGUGCGCCAACUUAUGCUCGCAAGCAAUUUGCAUCUUAACACGCAAACAAAACAAAAUUACCAUUUUUCACAACUAUAGUGCGCACACUAGUAUUUAGGAAAAUGAAAUUCCAUGGCGAAGAAUUAACUUCACGUGAAAAUGUGGACUCGACAAGUUGCAGACACAAACAACGUCAACCCAGUAUAAUGAAUGAUUCAUCGUAUUUCUUUGAGGGAGCCUAAAAGUAUAAUCCCUGCAGAAAAUAAUGAUACUUUGAACUUAGCCUCGCUUUGAAGCAGAGAUUUUAGGCAAUUUGGAAAUGGAUUAUGACGCUCGUUGGAAACACUUGAACUCAAACAAUAUUUUUUAAAUCUCUUGUCAGAACCAAUCUGCCCAAACAGAUGAUGGCUUUUCCUGAUUUUCCAUUUCCUUCAGAGUGGAGCUCAUUCUUAAGUCACCAACAGGUUCUGAAAUACUUAGAAGAUUAUGCCAGUCAUUUUUACUUGUACAAAUACAUUCAGUUCAACUCCAUUAUCAGCAGUGUUCGUCCACUGAUGGGAAAAGACAGUCAAAAGCCACUGUGGGAAGUUGUUGUUACAGAUGCUGAUACUAAGGAAUCUCAAGUCCUACUGUUUAAUGCUGUUAUUGUUUGCAGUGGGUAAGUCGAUUUCUGUCUUUCGCGGUUGUUGCUAAAAAUAUCGAAAACCUCUACAACAUUAUGACUUUGACAGAGUCGGAGCUGUAGUAGUAAUCAGAACCGUAGUACGGUACCUUACGAUCUAGUGAAAACAGCUUUCUGAUUCCGCUUACGACUCCGUCGUUUACGAUCAAGUGAAAAAUGGGUCGUUGGAGUCGCAAGCAGAUACGGAAGAACUAAACCAAUCACAAAGCGGGGGAACGUGCAUUGCGAUUGGUUUAUAGGUCAUAGGUUCGAAUCCUGUCGGGGACUCAAAUUUUUUUCUUUGUCCCACACUCGUGACAUGUUGAUUAUUUCAUCUUCACAUUAGAUAUAAAUAUUUUUAGAAAUUGAAAAAGUUGGAGGCAUCAUCAAAAAAAUCGAUUCGGUUUUGGUGCAUGCCUAAUUUUCUUUCCCGCUUCGUAAUUCCAAGUGUUUCUUGCUACAUAUCAGACUGUGUUCUCUAUCUAUUUCGGGCGCACCCGCACCGAUUUGAUUAGUCUGUCCCAUCGCCGUCUGUUGGCUGCGACAGAUGGAAGUUUCUGCCUCGUAAAGGUGAUGUUACACGCGACGAUUCGCAACGACGAUUUUUAGCGCAACAAAGCGUUGCAAUGUUGGAACAAUGUUGUAACUAUGCAAAACAAUUUCGCAACAAUGUUGCAACGCUGUGUUGCGCUAAAAAUCGUCGUGACCGUUGCGAAUUGUCUCGUGUAACGUCACCUUACGACCGGUAUCAGUCUCUAGAUGGUUAAUGAAUGUGGUUUCGGGAAUCCAAGACAAUGUUGGAUUCUGGAUUCCACACCGUGGAUCCCGGAUUAUAGGUACUGGAUUGCGGAUUUCAUUCGUUUGUGGGAUCCCGGAUUUCUUGAUCUUUAUUCCCGAUUCCAAAGGCCAGGAUUCCGGAUUUCAUUCGUUUGUGGGAUCCCGAAUUUCUUGAUCUUUAUUCCCGAUUCCAAAGGCCAGGAUUUCAUAUUUCACAGCAAAAAUUUGCUGGAUUCAGGAUUCCACGGGCAAAAAUUUCCCGGUUUCGGGAAUCCGGAUUCCCUCAUAUGGGUCAGGUGAUGCUGGUCGCCCCCGUGCGUGUCUGCCGUGGUUUGGUUCCUAAAGAAGCUACAAGGAGAGAAAUUAUAGUUAUUCAUUUGAUGACAUGUUUAAUCUUUCCGCUCUAACUAAAUUAUCUGCAGGCAUUACUCUGUUCCGUAUGUGCCCAUAAUUCCUGGUCUGGAGUCUUUCCCUGGACUUGUUAUGCACAGUCAUGAUUAUCGCCAUCCUGAAAUCUUUCAAGGAAAACGCGUGGUAAUUCUUGGAGCUGGGCCAUCUGGACAAGACCUUUGUCUUGACGUAGCAAAAUGUGCAGAUAAAGUUUACCUCAGCCAUAAACGAACUCUUCUCCGCUGCAAACUUCCAGACAACUUGGAACAACACAGGCCGAUAGCCUGUGUAUCUGUAGAUGGAACCGUUCAGUUUGAUGACGGACAAGAGAGGAGAGUUGAUGCCAUCUUACUUUGCACUGGUUACAAAACUUCUUUUCCAUUCCUACAUGAUGACUGUAAUAUUCAGGUCAGGAACAAUCGAGUAACUCAUUUGUACAAACACAUUUUUAACACAAAGUUCCCCACGCUGUCAUUCAUAGGAUUAUGUUACCGGUUUUGUAUCUUUCCACGUUUCCACCUCCAAGCCCAGUACAUUGCAGCCACUUUUAGCGAACGUAAAAGGUUACCACCCGAAGAUAUGAUGAAUGCCGAGGAAGAAAAGGAUUUCCAGGAGAUACUUUCCGCUGGUAUGAGUGAGAAGUAUGCGCACUUUACUUUGGAUGACAAGUGGGAUUAUGAUAACACCAUUGCAAUCUUGGCGGGCGCGGACAUGUUGAGCCAACAUUACAAGGAUCUGCAUAAACAUAUUUUUCGCAGGCGGGAACAUUCUCUAAUGGAGUAUAGGAAUGAUGAGUUUAUAUUAACUCCUGAUGGAAUGUGGAAAACAGUACAAUGUCGCACGAAACAUGCAAAGUAA